AUGCCUAGCUAUGCGAAGUUUCUCAAAGAUAUUAUAUCAAACAAACGCAAGCUGGAGGACCAUGAGACAGAAAUGCUUACGGAGGAAUACAGUGCUAGAAUCCAGAAAAAGUUCCCACCAAAACUGAAAGAUCCAGGGAGUUUUACUGUUCCUUGCACUAUUGGUGAAGAACUCAGCUUGGGAAAAGCUAAAGCAACUACUAUGACCCUUCAACUGGUGGAUAGGUCACUGACACAUCCCAGAGGGAUAAUUGAAUAUGUGCUUACCAAGGUUGAAAAAUUCAUAUUCCUAGCGAAUUUUCUUAUCUUGGACAUCGAAAAAGACAAGGAUAUCCCAUUGAUACUUGGCAGACCAUUUCUGACAACAAGGAGAGCGUUAAUUGAUGUUCAAAGGAGGCAGUUGAUCUUAAGAUUAGGAGAGGAGCAGUAA